UCUGAUACUUGUGAAAACUGCCUUAAUCGCGGAGAAAGCCAAUGUUUACUUGACAGUAAAGGAAAUUUCCAUUGCGCCAAAGGGAGUAGAAAUUGGAUUGUGAAAAUGAUACUAGGACUCGGACUAGCUGUUACAGUUGUUCUAUUGCUAGCGACGAUUAAGAUCUUCUAUACAAAAUGGAGGAAGCAAAAUCCAACCAAUCAACGGAUUGAGGUGUUUCUGAAAAGACAUAGACCUCUUCAACUCAAGAGGUAUGGUUAUUCUGAGAUAAAGAAAGUGACCAACUCCUUCGGAAACAAAUUAGGCCAAGGGGGGUUCGGUAGUGUAUACAAAGGAAAAUUACAGGAUGGACGUUAUGUUGCAGUCAAGAUCCUAAAUGAGUUAAAAGAUAGUGGUGAGGAAUUUAUCAAUGAAGUUGCAAGUAUUAGCAGAACUUCUCAUAUUAACAUUGUUACACUUUUGGGGUUCUGUUUCGAAGGUUCUAAACGGGCUUUAAUUUAUGAGUUUAUGUCUAAUGGAUCACUCGAGAAGUUUAUCUUUCAAGAAAAUGCUCAAGUGACAGAUCAUCAAUUGGACUGUCAAACGAUGUAUGAUAUUGCAAUCGGUGUUGCUCGAGGACUAGAAUACCUGCAUAAAGGUUGCAAUACUAAAAUUUUACAUUUUGACAUAAAACCUCAUAACAUUCUGUUGGAUGAGAAUUUCAAUCCCAAGAUUUCAGAUUUUGGACUUGCAAAAAUAUGUACAAGAAAAGAAAGUAUAAUAUCAAUAUUUGGCGCUAGAGGAACAGCAGGCUAUAUAGCACCAGAAGUUUUUUCGAGGAAUUUUGGUGCAGUGUCACAUAAAUCAGAUGUUUACAGUUAUGGAAUGAUGGUGUUAGAAAUAGUUGGAGGAAGAAAGAAUAUUAAGGCUGAAGUAGACCGGUCGAGUGAAAUAUAUUUUCCUCAUUGGAUUUACAAUCGUCUUGAACCAAAUCAAGAGCUUGGUUUAGAAAACAUAAGAAGUGAGAGUGAUGAGAAAAUGGUGAGAAAGAUGACAAUAGUGGGCUUAUGGUGCAUACAAACUCAUCCUUCUACUCGACCAGCCAUAAGUGAAGUGUUGGAAAUGCUAGAAAGUAAAGUUGAGACCUUGCAAAUUCCACCUAAACCUUUUCUCUCGUCUCCUUCAACCUCUCCAGUCAAAUUAUCAUGUGAGACAUUGUAGUUUGGGACUUGUGAGAAUACUGUAUAAGAUGAAGAAAAUGUUGAAAAUUAAUAUAUAUAUAUAAUUAUUUAGUUUUUAUCAAUCAAUUUUAUU